AUGGCGUGCCUCCAGCUGCUGAAAUCGACUCCGUCGGAUAAUCAGGCGAAAUUCCGAUGCCUCUGCUCGAGCUUCAGUUCCAUGGCAUCACGGAAAAGGAGCGCCAGGCUUCAGAAUUCGGGGAUGAUAGCUGGUUGCAGGCGGUUUAGGAUUUCAUGUGAAGCUGAUGACCGCAAAAAGCAAAGCAAUGGUGAAGAACCCCCCGAGUCUUUAUUCAUGAGAGAACUAAGGAGACGAGGGAUGACUCCGACUUCUUUGCUUGAAGAGAAAUCGAGGGGCAUCGAGAGAGAUGAGGAGAUUAAGUUCAGAGAAGGAGAUGGAGAUUCGAGUUACUCUUCAAGAAAUGGGGUUGCUAAUGAUGCUGAAGCAAACAUAUCUGGUCAAAGGGAAAAGUCUAUGGCCCUCAAUAGCGAAGGUCUUGAGGGUUUGAUUCCACGGGCCAAACUUCUGGUUACACUUGGAGGAACCUUUUUUCUGGCAUUUUGGCCCUUGAUUCUUGUGACUGUUGCGUUUUUCUCCGCUCUGUAUCUGUAUUUUGGACCCGAAUUUGUUCAUGAUGGAAGUGAAACCCCAAUUACUCCACCCCUGUAUGUCGACCCAUAUGAGCUUCUGGAAGAAGAUAGAAUAUACAAAACAGCCCCUCUGUUGAACUGA